AUGGCUACAGCCGUUGGACAACUUGAAACGCACUCCAUUCUUGACUGCGACCAGAUUAUCGACCUAUGCAACAGCAUUGAUGGAUAUGAGGAUACUGUGGCAGGGUUUUGGGAUCAGAGAUAUGCCUUCACCUUUCCAGCGAAUCACGGAUGGCAACUCUACAGACAGAAAUUUGUGUAUCACGACGUGGCCCGCAACCCGAAGCUGAAGCAUGAUGCGCUUAUGCGGCGAUGGGGUGGGCUAGACGCUCGAUGGUUCAAGGUAGUUAUGCGAGAAGACAAGAAAGACUCCCAAAGCCCCAAACAGCUGGAGCAACAAGCCUCGAAUUACGCCAGGAUUGUUGUGGAAGAGUUUCCGCUUGAAGGAAUACUUAUCCAGACCACUAUAGGUGACACGUUCCGCACCUGGUGGUUUGAUAGCAAGAAAAGUGAUAUGGAGCCCUUAUUUGGACAAGAGAAGUACUCGAAACGCUCUUAUAUCAAUAUAAAUUCGCUCGAAGGCUCAGCACACUGGAAUUCUUUUGUCGCUUCCUGA